CGCUCGAGAGCUGUUGACCACUGUUAACACGUGUUGUCUACUUGUCUUAUGCAAUAUUAAUGCAAUAUUGAUGUUAAUUUAAAGCGGACGCGCAUCUGUUAAUUAUUGACACGACUAGUUGUUAACAACAACUACAACAGGUCAUAAUGGACAAAGAAGAAAUAUGUCAGUACUUUAUCAGCAUUAUUAAAAAUGAGAAGGAUGUUUCUGCUGGCAUGGCUGCCAUUCGCACCUUACUCAAAGUAUUGAGACAGUCUAAAUCGGAAACAGUCCAAGAGCUCCGGGUUUGUUUACAGGAUGCAAUCGAUGCUAUGCGUUCCACAGAAACUCCAGUCACCGCGAUUGCCUCGGGAAGCGAAUUGUUCCUUCGUUUUAUUACAUUAGCGACAUUGGAUACACCCUCAAUCGCAGAGUGCAAAGGAAUCAUGCUGAAAAGAGGCAACGUAUUCUAUGACAAGUUAGUUGCAGCGCGAGGAAAAGUGGCCAAGGUAGCAGCUCACUUUAUUACUGAUGGCUCGACCAUACUCACGCAUUCGAAAUCAAGAGUAGUACUGCAGGCAAUGAAAGAAGCUGCGGAAAGUAAGAAAAUAUUUGAAGUUUAUGUUACAUCAACAUCACCUGACAACAAUGGAGAAGAGAUGUGCCAGAGUUUAACAAAGUUGGGAAUAUCAUGUACUGUGAUACUGGAUUCUGCAGUGGGAUACGUGAUGGAGCACGUCGAUAUGGUAAUGGUUGGAGCAGAAGGUGUCGCAGAAAGUGGCGGGGUGAUCAAUAAGAUUGGUACAUAUACAAUGGCUAUAUGCGCGAAAGAGAUGAAGAAACCAUUUUAUGUACUGACGGAAAGCUUUAAAUUUGCGAGAAUCUAUCCUUUGAACCAAGUAGAUUUACCUAAUGAAUUUAAGUAUACAUCUAGUACUCUAAACAAGAAUUUGAAGAAGGAGCAUCCCUUGGUAGAUUAUACUCCACCUCAUUACAUCAGCUUGUUGUUUACCGAUUUGGGAAUUCUAACACCGUCAGCCGUUAGUGACGAACUCAUCAAAUUGUACUUGUAAUGUAUACAUUGAAGAUUUAUCCAGAGGCAAAUUUGUCAAAUUAUAUGUUUAUUAUAAAAGAUAGAAUAACAUUACAAGAAUAUUUAAAAAAGUUUUAUCUGAAAAUGUAAAAAUUAAGAUGAAAUGUGGAGACGUCUGUUGUACUUUUGUAAAAGAUUAAUAUAUAAUCUUUAUUAAUUUAUUAUACAGUGAUAUUGAGUAUUUAUAUAUGGAAACAAGAUAAAUGUCUUUCAUAUAAUUGCACGUGAAAGAUAACAAGUAAUAAACUGUCUAUAUGAGGAUUACAUUAGGGUUACAAUCUACUUGACGCUACAAAUACUUGGAAGCGUUUGAUUGAUUAAUCGGAACAAAGCUAAUCAUUGUAUGUUUUGAAGCUUUUCUAACGUCAAGUGGACCGUAACCUAUGUUAAAACAACACGUUAAAACGGACUUCUUCAUAAUGAAAUCUUGUGUAAUCUACACACAUAAAGCUUGUAAUUGCGUGCAAUGUGUAACAUUGAUGCCAAACAAAAUCGCAAGAAACAGAAUAUUUAAAUUACAAGAAUCUUCAAUUAUCAACUUUGGAAGAGCGUUAAACGUUAUAGUCGUUUUAUACACUUAUAAACUAAAAAUGGAUACAUACAUUUACAUAUCAUUUUUUUCCAUAAUGAUUAUAUAUUACAUAGUAAAUUUAUGAAUAUAAAAUUAUUAUCAGGGAAACAAAAAAGUUCUUAUAAUUAGGAUAUUAUACUGCAUAAUUCUUAAUUCUACUUUUUUCCCUCUUUAUUGGCUUAUAAGAUUAAAAUAUUCUUUGAAGACUUAAAGCAAUAUUAGUCUUUUCAUGAUUUUGCAUGUUUUUUUUCAAUGAGAUUCCAGGCUAUGAAAUCUCUAAAUCAUUGAUUGAAUGGAUAUGAUAACGUGGACAACAUAUUGCUUAAAUACCAUCUACAUUUUUUUUACAUAUAUUUUUAACAUAUUGAAAACCUUCAUAUUGGAAAUUAUGAGUACAGAAUUGUGAUCAUAUACUUUAUGUACAAAUCUCCGAUAUAUUCAUUGUGCUUUUGAUUUUCAUGAAAAAUGAUGAAAAUUUACAAUGAAUACACAAAUAUAAUAUAUAUCUGAAUACAACCUGCCUCAAAAAUUUAAUGUACAUAUGCUCAUUAUAUGUACAUACAAGAAACAUUGUGAAAUAUUAAAGAAAAUACACAGAUGACAAUAGAACUGAAUAAAUAAAGCU